AUGGCUUCUUCUGGGAGCUCCAUCCUCAUGACUUUCCUUCUGACUCUCACAUUAUCAAGCAUGAUGAGUUCGAGCCUAGCAGCUCGUCGUCUUCUCCAAACCACACAGCCUUCGAUCCCAAACAUGCCUGGAAUUCCAGGUAACUUGCCUAUGCCUUCAAUCCCAACAAUUCCUCAGCCAAACAAUGUUCCUCCUUUGCCUACUAGCAUCCCAAAUCUUCCUCCUAUGCCUACCAUUCCAAUGGUCCCACAAGUUACUCUUCCUCCAUUGCCAUCUAUAAGCUCGUUCCCAAACAUGCCCUCUAUUCCCAAUAUGCCAACUAAUAUUCCCUCCAUCCCAUUCUUCUCUCCUCCUCCUUCUAAUUAA